AUGGUUAUGAAAAUCAGUGCUCUGACGCUUUCAUCAUGUUCUGGGAAGAAAUUUCCACCUGACUUCAAGUUUGGAGCAGCCACUGCGGCUUACCAGGUCGAGGGUGCUUGGAACGUAAGCGAUAAAGCUGCAAGCAUAUGGGAUACAUUUACGCACAACAACCCAACAAUGAUCGCGGAUGGCUCAAGCGGAGACGUGGCCUGCGACUCCUACAAUCUCUGGGAGACAGACAUCCAACUAGCUAAGGACAUGGGGCUACAUUUUUACAGAUUUUCCAUCUCAUGGCCGCGUCUACUGCCCAACGGUUUUGCCAACAAAAUAAGCGAAGAUGGUACUCGAUACUACAACAACCUUAUCGAUGGUUUGUUAGCAAACGGCAUUGAACCCCUGGUCACGCUCUACCAUUGGGACUUGCCGCAGAAUCUACAGGACCUAGGUGGCAUGACCAACCCACUCUUAGCGGAAUGGUUUGGAGCCUACUCCCGCGUCGCCUUCACCCUCUUUGGCGAUAGAGUCAAAACCUGGGCUACCUUCAACGAACCUGUGUCAAUUUGUGGCUUAACAUAUGAGACUGGUUACAUUGCUCCAGGAAUAUAUAGUCCAGGAAUAGGCAGUUAUAUAUGCGCGAAAAACCUGAUGAUGGCCCAUGCGACUUCUUACAGGAUUUAUGAUAAGGAAUUUAGAGCGAAGUAUAAUGGUAAAGUGGGUAUAGUUAACAACCACGUGUGGUACGCUCCUUACUCUUCGGAAUAUGAAGACCUCACAUACCUCGCGAGACAACUUGGAUUUAUAUACUCCCAUCCCAUAUACUCGAAGACGGGAGGUUGGCCGCCCAGCGUUGAGGGUAUUAUAGCUAAGAAUAGUGAGGAGGAAGGAUACCCUACGUCUAGACUGCCCAAGUUUACAGCUGAAGAAAUCGAAUUUGUUAAAGGUACCGCAGACUACUAUGGUAUGAACUUGUACACAUCCCGUUUGGUCCGCGAAGCUAACAACAGCACCUUUUUCCUCUGGCCGACCAACGGGGACCUUGACUUAAACUUAGACCUGCUCGCGGAUCCGAGCUGGGAAGUUGGCUUAGACUGGCUCGUGAUCCACCCCCCCGGUAUCCGCGCCCAGUUGAAUCUGAUCAGAGAGGAAUUCGGGGACGUGGAGAUCAUCGUCACGGAAAACGGCUUCUCUACCUCCAGCGACGAGCUGGAUGACGUCACCAGGAUACAGUACCUCCGGGACUAUUUGGAGCAGGUGCUGUUAGCUAUCACAGAGGACGGUGUGAAUGUGACCGGGUACACCGCGUGGUCACUUCUCGACAACUUUGAGUGGAACAGCGGAUAUACAUCUAAAUUCGGCCUUGUGCGGGUGAACUUCACGGACCCGUUUCGCUCGCGCACGCCUCGCGCGUCCGCAGAGUACUACGCUGACGUUAUUCGCCAUCAUUCUCUUUAAAAAAGAACAAAUAAACUCACGCUUUGAAUUGAGAAACCUACGUUUGCGGAGUCAGUUGAAAACAUACGUAAAAAAUAUACUUAGAACUAAAUUAAAAAAAAAAUUAAAAUUGUAAAAAAUCUUGAAAAAAUACGAAUAAAAAUCGUUCUCACAUGACGUGAUCAAAGCUACGUUUCUGUGAGUUAAAUUAAACUCAUAAAAAGUUAUUAGUAUAGUAAUUUCUUAUUAACCUUUUUCUUGAGCUUGUAUUGUACAAAAAUUCAAAUUUUAUAGAAAUUUUAGAAGUGAUAUCUACCGUUUUUGCUAUUUUUU